CGCGAUCCUCAUAUAAAUGCUACAAUUCCCCCAACGGCCACUUUACUCGCGAAAGCUGCUUGGUGGAUUCCUAACCAUCGCCCACAAUGCCACCCAAAAAUCUCCGACCGUGCAAAGUGCUAAUUUCCGGCGGAGGCAUCAGCGGCCUCACCCUGGCGCUGUCGCUGGAGAAGCACGGCAUUGACUACCUUCUCCUGGAAGCAUACCCAGACCUAGCCCCCCAACGCGGGGGCGGUAUCGCCAUGAUGCCGAAUGGUGAACGGAUCUUAGAUCAAUUAGGCUGCUACGAGGACCUGCGACGGCGGGCAGGGAGCGUGGUGAACCGGUCGUAUCUGCGCGGGCCCGACGGUACAGUCCUGGCGACGGUGGAAAACCUGGACAAGCAGUUAACAGAGAGACACGGCUAUCCAGCCAUGUGGGUAGACCGUCAAGUCCUCCUGCAGACGCUGCACGACCACAUCACCGACCGCUCCAAACUCCUACCGAACAAGCGUAUUACACGCGUGAAGCACCUCGACGACGGGGUGCAGGUCACCACGACCGACGGCACCUGCUACACAGGCGACAUCCUCGUCGGCGCCGACGGCGCCCACUCGACCGUGCGCAAGGCGAUCGUCGCGCGGGCCGCCGAUCUCGGCCUGGGGCCGGAGUACUUCGAAGAAGAGCAUAUCCCGUCAACCUAUGACUGCAUCUUCGGCCUCUCGCCGUACAACCCCGCCCUGACCAUCGCCAACGAACCAGGCACCCUCCAAUUCAUCCUUGGCGAUCACCACUCCUACGUGCUGGGUACCUCCGGCCCCGCCAACCGCACCUGGUGGUUCCUCGUCACGAACCGGGCCAGAACAGACCACGGUGCAGCCAUCCCGCGGUACGACGACGCAGCCAAGGAGCACGUGCUUCGCGCGCACCAGGACGAUCGCAUCGCCCCGACCGUGCGGUUGGCGGAUCUCUGCGUCGGGGGGCAGGUAAAGACCGUGUAUACCCCGCUGCGUGAGUGGGUGUAUACGAAGUGGCACCUCGGCAGGCUGGGUGUCAUCGGGGAUGCUGCGCAUAAGAUGACGACGGUAAUCGCGCAGGGCGGCAACCAGGCGAUCGAGAGCGCGGCGGCGUUGACGAAUAGUCUGGUCAAGGUGCUAGGUAACGGCGGGUCUGGGAGAUUGUCUGAAAUGGAGAUCGAUGCGUUGUUGGAGGAGGUGCAGGUGUUGCGCGUUCCCAGGGCACGGAAGAUGAUGGAGGCGUCUCACAAGAAGCAGAUGGCGGAUGCGAUGGAGGCGCCUGAGUUGAGGCAUUUUUCGAUGAAUGUGUUUCCCAAGGUUAUGAGUACGGGGAUCUUCAGGGCGUGGCAGGUGUAUUUUGGGGAGGCGGUCUCGUUGAGGGCGUUGCCCGUUCCGUAUAGGAAGAGAGUUGUGCUGUUUGAUGAUGAGAAAGUGGAGAAGAUGGAGAGGUCGUUGGCGAAGCUAUAG